AUGGCGUGGAAAACGGUGUACGACACCUUUUGGAGUGAAUGGUUUUGGUUGCCAGAAAAUGUAACAUGGAAAGACUUAGAAAACAAAAACGAUGGUUUAUAUUAUCCACAGGCGAAAGAUCUCUACAUCCCAUUUGUUCUUGCAAUUGUUGUAUUUGCAGUCCGUAAAUGUUUUGAAAGCCUCAUAGCUAGACCAAUAGGAUUAUAUUUUGGUAUUAAGGAUGGCAGACCAAAGAUUGUUACACCUAUUAGUGCCUUGGAGAAUUCAUACCAAGUAAAGAAAUUUCCAUCAGAAGAAACAAUAAAGGUAUUAGAAAAACAGACAGAUAUGACAGAACGCCAAAUACAGAGGUGGUUUAGAAUGCGGCGAAAUCAGGAACGUCCAAGUCAAAUGAAGCGAUUCACCGAGGCUUCAUGGAGAUUUUUCUUCUAUUUUACUAUAUUUGUGUAUGGUGUAGCAGUCUUAUGGGAUAAACCCUGGUUUGCUGACUCCAUGAAAUGCUGGAUAGGGUAUCCACAGCAUCAUUUAUCCCCUGGAGUUUUCUGGUAUUACAUGAUAGAGAUUUCUUUUUACUGGUCGCUUAUGUUUUCACAAUUUAUGGAUGUAAAAAGAAAGGAUUUCUGGGAAAUGUUUGCACAUCAUUGUGCCACGAUAAGUCUCCUAACUUUUUCCUGGUGUGGAAACUUUGUACGAGUGGGGACGCUCGUGUUAUGUAUACAUGACGCAGUGGACUAUUGGUUAGAGGCUGCCAAAAUGGCGAAAUAUAUCAAAGCCCAGAGACUAUGUGAUGUACUCUUUGCUGUAUUUGGAGUUGUUUGGUUCAUCACUAGACUAGUUCUCUAUCCCACCAAGGUCAUGUGGUCCACCUAUUAUGAAUGCAAGCAGGUAGUCGGAGGUUUUCCGAGCCUGUACCUCUUUAACGGCGUAUUAGUGGUUCUACUGGUUCUGCAUGCCUACUGGUUUUCUUUAAUCGUGACUGUUGCCUACACGGUAUUGUCCAAGCAAGGGGAGGAAGUUACAGAUAUUCGUAGUUCAGAUGAAGAAGAAAUCAGCGAGGAAGAUACUUCAAGUAAUGGUUCUGGUGACCACAAACAGACCAAUAAUUUCAGUAACAAUGUAACGCAGUGAAAAUAAUUGUUCUGUAGUCCACAAUUUUUAAAACCAAUGAUGUCAUCAGGGAAGCUCAGUCAUGAUGAGAGAGAUUUUUAAUUUUGUGUAUGCAUGUGUUUCCUCAUUCACCUCUGUCGGUCUUCAUUUUCACUGGAAUAUUAAAUUACUUAAAACUGGAACCUAUAUACUAACGGGAUGGGCAACUCCUUCAACGCCGUGUUUAUUUACCCAAAACGGCACACACAACACUACAAGUUUUUCAAACUACUUUUUUUCCCCAGUAAAAAGCUUGUUUUCUGAUUAAUGUAAUCUGUUCAAUAUAAUAUGUAAUCUGACUUUUGUGUAUUGGAAUGGAUAUUUAAUAAAUUUUAAAGCACAUAUUAUGAAAUAAUUUAGUUAUUAAGUAAACAACCACUAAAAUCGGCGAUUUCUCGGAAAUACGGCCGAUCAGGGGCACGCAUUGAUUUUUAAAUAAAUGUAAUAAAUCUUGAACAAUUUUUUGAUAGAUAAAUUAAGAUUUUAUUAUGAAAUAUUUGAUAGCAAAAGAGAUAUAUUUAAUUAAAAUUGACGAAAUCCCACAACUUGCGAGACUUGCGAAAGUUGCCUAUACCGUUAGUAUAUAGGACCCUGCU